ACUAAUGGUGGAACAAAAGAAGACAGAUUCCACUGGAUCAAAGCCAGGAGUGUACUGUCAAAAGAAAAAAGAAAGAAAGAAAAUACUCAUAUUGUCUAUUUUAGAUUGACCCCUCUUUGUUUGACAACACUAUCCAACAUAGAUAAAACCAACAAGAGAGACUAUUUUGAAAACUUGGCUAAACAACUACAAAGGCUUCCAGUCAAACGACGACUUGACCCCAAUUAUUCUAAAAGACUAUGUAAAACUGUAACCCUUUUUUAUCAUGGAUCCUUUUCAAAGUUGUAUUCACUUGCCUUUUAGGUGAACACUUGACUCAUGCCAAAAGAGAUUAUUAUAGAACAAGUCAAGAGUAAGUAAUUAUCAUCAAAGACAGGAAAUAACAGGUUUUAGGUUACGAAAGAAUGAAAAACGCAUGGCUUCAACUAUGACAGAUGAUAUGACACUGCCCGUGAAGAAGCUGAAAACACUGUCAAGUUCUAUUCAAAAUGAUCUUGCCGCAGAAGUUACACCUGUUCAGAUACACACGAAUAGACGUUUGAAGAAUUUGAAUGAAAGUCUCAAACAACUACAGGAAGAAAAAAUGAAUAGGAAAGAAUUUAAUGAAUGGAAACAGAAACUAUGGAGUAUUGUUCGCGAAAUCAAGAAUUUACCAGAAACGAUACGUGAUCCAACAGAUUACGAUCACUUUAUAAAAGAACUCAACAAACUUUGGGAUAAAGCAAAGUAUUUUCAUCAACCACAGAAAGUUAGAGCUCAAAUUGCUGAUGAGGUAGUCAGGAAGCUCUUAGGACUACUUUCUGUUAAAGAAGAGAAGGAGAAAAGAAAGAGCUUAGAUAACUUAAUCAACAACGCAUUGAGCUAUUGUCUACAAGACGCAAUCGAUGAUUAUAUGUCGACGCAGGUGGAUGGUUGGCACAGGCUAGAAAGACUUGUUUGGGGUGACAACAAUUCAUACGCUGAAAGCUGCGUUUGUGAUGCUGAUGUAAAAAUAUUGAAAGCAAUUAGAGAAAACAGACAUCGCCAAAAGAAAGACUCACAAAUACAAAUUGAUGAAGAACGUGUUGAUAAGAUACUAGAUGAAGUUAAUAAUAUCAUGAUACCAGCCUACACACGAGGCGAGCUCUUCUGUAAGGAGCACUUGGAGAAACUGAAUGCACAAUUUGAUCAUAUCAAUGACAUAUUACAGAACCAUUCCGAAAUCCUAAAGGUGCUGGCAAAUCCAGAUGAUAAGGACCUUCAAAGUACUUCGAAUAGCAACGUGCCACUAUCUACAAUUUCAUAUAGCGAUGAAAGUCCAUGCUUAUCCACUGCACUUGCUACCUGGGUGAAACAGUACACAAAGGAAUACGUCUCAGGACUACAAGAGCAAAUAGAUAAUCUUCAGAGGCAAAUGAACAAUGUACCUAGUAGAUCUUAACUAGAAAACAAGCAUUACGAUACCUUUUUUUUUGCAUGAUGAUGUAUAUUUCUCACUUUUUCUGUGUGCUUAUCUUUGUUUUUUUAUUAAUAAAAUUACAGAAUAUCAACAUUUUAUCCAAAUAGAGUGAAGAGACACUAUACCAGGUAGAUAUUCUAACCAAUUAAGAAAGAUGAAAGAAAA